AUGACCGAUACAUUACCCACCACCUUGGGAGUAAUUAACGUGAUAGAUGAUCCAAUGACAGUUGAGCCACAUUGGACUUCCAAGGUUGUUGGUCGAGCCCAGGGACUGUAUGCCAUGGCCUCCCUUGAGGAGGGAGACUACAAUGGCAGCUCUCUAACCCUAAUGGGUCAGAACCCACUGCGGCAACCUGUCCAUGAGAUGACGAUCGUAGUUGGGUCUGGUGUUUUCCGAAUGGCUCGCGGAGUUGCUACGUUUGCGACCUUAUUCUUCGAUGUUCCUGCUAAAAAUGCUACUGUAGAUGUCACUAUUGUGGCUGCCAAAGCUUCUGAACAACCACUCACUGCCACUAGAUCACUCUCAUUGAACUACAACGAGCCUCCUAAUGCUUUAACUGCUUCGAUGGAGGCCAGAAAUAUAAUUCUGAAAGUAAAUCGGGUGUUCAACCAUCCAAAAGACAUCAAGAGAGAAAACCGUUGGUAUCGACAUCAAAACCCAGAAGUGGGUUACGUGGUCGGACUUUCACUGGCGACUUUCAUGGCGCUUGGGCACUCACUAAUGUGCAGCCAAGAAGCUGCUCGCCUCGUUCAAGUGAACCCCAAGCUUUAG